AUGGGUGAAUUAAAAAAAAGAUUUAGCAAUGAAUUGAUACCUGAAGGUGGUAAAUUUGAAAAACAUAAUGCUUCUAUUAGUAGUGAUCCAGAACCAACAACAUUUGGUCAAAUGGUAAAAAAAUGGCCAAAAUCUACAUUUUGUAUUAUUGGUAAUGAAUUUUGUGAAAGAUUUUCAUAUUAUGGUAUGAGAGCAGUUUUAACACUUUACCUUAUCAAUGUUUUAAGUUUUGAUAAUAGUAAAGCAACUAUUUUUUUCCAUGCUUUUACCGUUUUUGCCUAUACAUCACCACUUGUUGGAUCUGUACUUGCUGAUGGUUAUAUUGGAAAAUUUUGGACAAUUUUUUCAAUUUCACUUCUCUAUGCUGCAGGGCAAGUUGUAUUAGCAGUUUCAUCAACAAUAUCAAAAGGUUCAAGUAUUCAUCCAGGAUUAGAUAUACUUGGAUUAGCAAUUAUAGCUUUUGGUACAGGUGGUAUUAAACCAUGUGUAUCUGCUUUUGGUGCUGAUCAAUUUCCUCAACAUUAUACCACAAUGAUUUCAUAUUAUUUUUCAAUUUUUUAUUUUAUGAUUAAUGCAGGUUCAACAAUUUCUAUGGUAUUAACACCAGAAUUUAGAGCCACUCCAUGUCUUGGAUAUGACUCAUGUUUCCCAUUAGCUUUUGGUAUACCAGCUGUUCUUAUGCUUGUCGCAACCGGUGUUUUUAUGAUUGGAUCAUUUUCAUAUAUAAAAUUACCACCAAAAGAAAAUGUUGUAUUUAGGGUUAUUGGAACAAUAUGGGUUGCAAUUAAAAAUAAAUUUUCAAAAUCAGGAAAAAGAGAUCAUUGGUUAGAACAUUUUUUGGAUACACAUAAUUGUAAAACUGAUAUAAAAUGUAUAACUGCUAAUAAAAAUAGACCAGAAGAAAAACAUAAAUGUGUUCAAAUAAAAUUUGUUGAAGAUGUUAAAUCACUUAUUCGUGUAUGUGUUAUGAUGUUACCUGUACCAAUGUUUUGGGCAUUAUAUGAUCAACAAGGUUCAAAAUGGAUUAUUCAAGCUCUUGCUAUGGAUGCUCAAGUUUGGGAUGGAUUUGAAUUGUUACCUGAUCAAAUGGGUGUUUUAAAUGCAAUUUUUAUUUUAAUUGCUAUUCCUCUAUUUCAAGCUGUUGUUUAUCCAUUAGUUGAAAAAUGUGGUAUUAGAACAACAUUACUUCGUCGUAUGAUUGUUGGUGGUCUUAUAGCAGCUGGUUCUUUUGUUAUUGCUGGAAUAGUUCAAAUUGGUGUUAAUCAAACCUUACCAGACAUUCCAAAUAAUAAUGAAGCUUACUUUUCUGUUGUAAAUGGAUUUAAAAGUUGUGAUGCAAAUGUUUAUAUUGAUGAUUUCCCAGUAAAAUUUAUUCCAGCAAAUGGAUCAUUAUAUGAUAACAAAGUUGAAGAUCAUUAUUCAAUGUAUAGAUUUAGUAAUGUAGAUAAAGAAAAAGAUUUAACUGUUCAUGUUAAAUUUAAUGGAACAAAUUGUAUGAAAAGUAAUGAUUAUAAAGUUAGUUUAGCUGCUGGUAAAACAAGUUUCCUUUUUAUGUCAUCAGAAGGUUCAUUUAAAAAUACAGUUAAUCUUGAUAAACCACAAGAAGGUGAGGGAGAAUCAAGUGUUACUAUAAAUUUUAUGAUUCCAUGUACUGAAACAAAUAAAGCAUCAUUAAAUGAUAAAAAAGUAACAUGGGCAAAUUGUGGUAAAUCAAAAAAUCCUAUUGAUGAAGUAUAUUUUGGAAGAUUAGCUGUUUGUAUUGAUCCUCCUAAAGAUAAAAAUAAUCCUUGUGAUCCAAGAGAUACUGGUAAUUAUUAUGUAUGGAAAAGUGAUUCAUAUAAUAAGGCAAUUGCUACAUUUGCCGAUAAUUCAGCAGUCAAUUAUACAAAAUAUGAAAAUAAUGAUAUAAAAAGACGUGUAUGGAAAAUGUAUUAUGUAAAUUAUACACUUGGUGACUCUUCUAGAACACCAGCAUCUACAGAAAUAACUGCUAUACCUGUUGAGAAUUCUACAUUUACAUUUGAUGGUAUGGGUGGUGUAUAUCAAUAUCAGAUUUAUCAAAGUAAAACAACAAAAGAAAUUUUAUUAAAUAGAUUAAUUGUUGUUCCUAAAAAUCAUCUUUCUAUACUUUUACAAAUUCCACAAUAUAUUGUAAUUACAGUUGCUGAAAUUUUAUUCUCUAUUACUGGUCUUGAAUUUGCUUAUUCUCAGGCAGCACCUAGUAUGAAAUCUGUUGUCCAAGCAGUAUGGUUGAUUACAGUUGCUUUUGGUGAUUUAAUAAUUAUUAUUAUUGAAGUUCUUGAUUUAUUUGAAAACCGUGCAACAGAAAUGUUUGCCUAUGCAGGAGCUAUGGUUGUUGUCAUUGGAGUAUUCCUUCUAUUAAGUAUAUUUUAUUAUGAAUAUGUUGAUUAUUCAGAGGAAGAAAAAGAUGAUUUUGAUGAGACAAGUAUUGAUUCAACAUUUAAAGAACCUUUACCAGAAGAAUCAUUACAAGGAUCAUCAACAUAUAAUGAAGGAUAUGAAACUGAAUGA